CGUUUUUUGUCUGUUAUUAUUUGCGACACAAGAAGUAACGGUUUACGGCCAGUGGUGUUGUAAGGGUGUCUGUUGUGAAGGUGAAGUGAAAAAGAGAACAGAACAACGGGAACCAUCGUCGUUUCUGGAAUGGCCAAACCUUUGAGGAGUGACGUCAUCAGGCUGUACAAAACUCUGCUGUAUAUCGGUCGAGAGUACCCAAAGGGAACGGCGUAUUUCAAGGAGCGCCUGAAGUCCGCCUUCAUGAAGAACAAGGACGAAACUGAUCCCGAGAAGAUCCAGAAACUGGUGGCCCGAGGUGAAUUUGUCAUUAAGGAGCUAGAAGCACUCUACUUCCUUAGAAAGUACCGAACCAUGAAAAAAAGAUAUUAUGAACCUUAGCUGUGUACAUUAAUGGUGUGCAACAGUCAGUCAUAGUGACAUACAGACAGAAAUACACCACUCUCUUCAACAAAGGGUUUUUGUUGCCAUAUUUUUAACCUACAUUCAAAUGUAAAGUUUUGUUUUUAAACAAUUUUUGCAGACAGGAAUAUAGAAUGAACUUUAUGUAUUUAUUUAUUUAUGUGUUUGUGUAAUAUUGCAGUGUCAGACUAACUUCCUACAGGUGAGGUUUCACCUGGUUUGACCUCCCCCCACCUCGACCCCCCCAUAUCCUUGGUUGUCUGUGGUUAAUUAACACUCAUCAGGUCAAAUAAUAUUUGGAAUAUUUGUUGUGACGUCGGACCGAUGUCUUUUUUGUCAACUACAUAAUGAUAAAAACCUAAAAGUGUAUCUGUAAAUAUUUAUAAAUAUUUCUUACACCAGA